AUGGGAGAAGAAAUAGACUUGGACGAUCAGAACCAGUUCGUGCCAGAAACGACAAGUUUUGUGGAUUCGCCUGCUAGAAUAAGAGACUACUGCAAAGAUGUCUUCAGCAAUUACCAAUACCAAAUACUGGCUAUUUAUCCCUUGAUAUAUUUGGGCUGGCUUCUAUAUUACAUAACAUAUAUUUAUCGGUCCUUAUAUGUCACAGGGGCGAACCAUCAAAUAUGUGAGUAUGACCAUUCACUAGUUUCCAGUAUGAAUAACACUGUGAACGCUUUGGAGAAGGCAAUGGAGGGAUCAACAAAAAACAUUGGACAGCCUUUACCAGAGCAAUGGCCUCAUGGAUUCUACACCGUGACAUAUUCUGGAGUAUGUAGAGAAAACGAUGAUUCUGAAAAGGUGUGUUAUAAAGGACUAUCGCCAGAAGACCUUAUAUUGAAGGACGUCGGCGUCCAAAUUGCCGAGUUCAACAAAAUUGAAAAUCCACUUCAGUUUGGUGAAAAGUUCACGCUGACAUACCGUGAUGUGCAAGGUAAAUUGGAGAAGGAAUUAGAAAGAAGAAAAACGUGCCGCGAUACUCUGGGUGACCCGGUUUGCUUUUACAAGGGCUUAACUAACGACGAGGUAUCAUUCUUGCCUCAAGACAAAGCAUAUUUGGCUAUACAGAUUGCUGUAUCGUGGUUCAAUAUCUUUUUUGUUGUUUUGUGUGUUGGCGUGAUAAGUGUGGGCUUGUGGAAGAGCCACCGUGAUCUUGCACUAGUCGUCACCAUGGCCAAAGAAAUCCGAAAUUUAACCAUCCACUAUCCCAUGAAAGAAAACGUCAUGAAUCAAAAAGUCGUACAAAACGUCAAGGAGGAUAACGUCACAGACAACGUCUCGAAAGACAACGUCACAGACAACACCAUGAAUGAAGAAAUAGACUUGGAAGCACAGAGGCCGACUGUGCCAGAAACGACGACAUCUGUGCCUGGAAGACUAAAACACUCUUUCAAAAAAUUCUACAGCACUUACAAAAAUCAAAUAGCUACUAUUCCUGCAUUGCUUUACAUGGGUUGGCUUCUAUUCUACAUAACGUUUAUGUACCGAUCCCUAUACAUCACCGGAGCAUACCAUGAAAUAUGUGAGUACGACAGUUCACUAGUUUCUGAGAUGAACAGCACUGUGAACGCUUUGGAGAAGGUCAUAGAAGGAUCAACACAGAACAUUGGACAGCUCUUACCAGAGCAAUGGCCCCAUGGAUUCUACACCGUGACAUAUUCUGGAGUAUGCAGAGAGAACGAUAAUUCUGAAAAGGUGUGUUACAAAGGACUGUCGGUAGAAGACCUACUAUUAAAAGACGUCGGCAUCCAAAUUGCAGAAUUCAACAAAAUGGAAAACCCCGUUCAGUUUGGUGAUAAGUUCAUGCUUACAUACCGUGAUUUGCAAGGUAAAUUGAGGAAGGUACAACACAUGAAACCGGGCAUGACUCUAUUAAGUCCCCGCUGUCUUUUCGCCACCGUGGCGCCUUUGAGAAAUUCUCCGGUCAAAAAUACGAAACACGACCAGAAUCCGACCAACAUCGACAAACACGUCUCCGCCACCAAACACGACCAUAAACACGACCACGACCACUCCCACACGGCUGAAGGCCACGGCCACUCCCACUCCGAGGACGGCCACUCCCACGGCGUGUUUCACAGCCACAGCCAUCAGCCAAACGAGCUUUUGGGUAAAGGGUUCACCACCAAUCCGGCCGUCCGAAUCACAUGGAUUGGGCUUCUUGUAAACGUCGCCAUGGCGGGCUCCAAAGCCGUCGGUGGCGUCGUUUUCCACUCCCAAGCGCUUAUAGCCGACGCCAUCCACUCGCUCUCCGAUAUGGUGGCGGAUUUCCUUACAUUGGCCACGGUCAAUGUGGCCUCCAAAGAAGGCUCCGUGACCCACUUCCCCUUGGGCUACGGCAAGAUCGAGGCCGUGGGCACGUUUUUGGUGAGUGGCGUGCUUCUUGCCGCUGGUAUUUCUGUGGGCUGGACGUCGUUGCUCCAGAUCUUCGAGUACUCGCUUCCUCCUCAGGCCUACGAGUGGGUUGCCCUGGUGCCGAUCCACGGCCACUCUCACGGCGUCGAGGGCCACACGCACGAGGCUGACGGGCCACAAUUGCCCAAUAUCAACGCAGCGUGGCUCGCGUUGGGCUCCAUUGGUGUGAAAGAGGUGCUCUACCGCAAAACCAUGGACGUGGCAGAGGAGACCAACUCUAAGGUGCUUGUGGCGAACGCGUGGCACCACCGUGUGGACUCGUUGACCGCUGCCGUGGCGUUUGUUACCGUCAUGGGUGGUGUGCUUUUCAACAUGGCCUGGUUGGACGCGGUCGGUGGUAGUCUUGUGUCGAUAUUGAUCAUCCACGCCGGUUGGGGCACUUUCAAAGAGGCCUGGUUCGAACUUGUGGACCGCUCGGACUCACCGGCGCUGGAGCACUACCAGCAGAUUCGCCUGAUUGUCGAAACAGAGGUUGCGCUGUCCCAGUCUGCGGACCAGCGUUUCGCUGUGAAGGACCUCUCCGUGUUGAGUGCUGGCGCCCGUUUUAAUCUUGUCGUGCAUCUUACCCUGGAGGGCAAUGUUCCAUUGCAGGAGAUCAUCGAAUUUGAGAAGACGCUUCUCGAUGGUAUCAGAGAGUCGAAUAGAUACGUGGGGAAGGUGUUUGUUGAGUACGAGAUGUUGUAA